CGACGCCAUCUUGACUUCAGAGAAGUUCCAUUUUUCAUACGUACCUGGCGCGCGCUCUACACAGUAAACAUCGGCGAUAUGAGCAGUCAAAGCUCCCGAAAUGAUUUUGCUGCAACUGUCAACGGCUCGGACGCUGCGGUCCCUGGUAGAGAUCGAAAGUCAGGUGGCGGUGUUCUAAAAAAGCUGAAAUCACGAAAAAAUCAGCCAGAUAGACGGCCUGUUACGGAGGAUGAACUACGGGCACUGGGGAAAGACAUUACUCCAGACGGUGUCCUCGGUCUUCGCUCUGUCACCCGUGACUACCUUUGCAAGCCAGAAGACAACAUUUACAACAUUGACUUCAUACGCUUCAAGAUUAGAGACCUGGAAACCAAUACAGUGCUCUUUGAGAUUGCCAAGCCUCCAAACUGUGACCUGUUGGAUGAAGACGGAGAUGAAAAUGGAGAUGUUGAUUCCAGUGCAGGGCGCUUUGUGCGUUAUCAGUUCACCCCAGCAUUCCUUAGGCUGCGCACUGUUGGAGCCACGGUGGAGUUCACGGUGGGAGAACGGCCGGUGCAAAACUUCCGGAUGAUCGAGAGGCACUAUUUCCAGGAUCGCCUGCUCAAGAAUUUCGACUUUGACUUUGGCUUCUGCAUCCCCAACAGCCGCAACACGUGCGAGCACAUCUACGAGUUCCCACAGCUCCCCGAAGACAUGAUCCGUCAGAUGGUUGAGCAUCCAUAUGAGACUAGGUCAGACAGCUUCUACUUUGUGGACAACAAACUCAUCAUGCACAACAAAGCGGAUUAUGCCUACAAUGGAGGUCAGUAGACUCCGGAGACUGGAUGGAGCAGAAAGCAGUUCGUCUGCGUGGAGUGGACAUUUGGGAGGACCUGCUCCAUACGCACACACACUGACACACACACACACACACACACACUGACACACACACACACACACACACACACACACACACACACACACACACACACACACACACACACACACACGCCACCUGCAACACAUGUAACCUCUCACCCACAUCCAGCUCAGAAUGGACUCAUGUCUCUCUCUUAUUCCUUGACGAGUCAUCUUAAGCGGACCUACCUUCUGCCUUUCAAAGAUUUUAAUCUUACUGGUUCUAUAGCAAGAAAACAAAAUCUGUCUUUAUUUAUGAUUCCUACAUAUGGAUGUUUGGUGCCGUUAGACACAAUUUAUAAUGCCUUUUUUUCUAAUGUUUUUGUUUGUUCUUGAGUGGGCCCAAGUCAGAUUAUGCCACAUUCCAACUUGAGUGAGUGUUUGUGUGCAUGUGUGUGGGAUCAGUCUGUAUUUGUGCUUUUACUCUUUGAGAUGAGGCUUUGCAUCUGUUAAGACUGCCAGCACAAUUCACUGGCUUUGCCAGGGAAAGAGCGUUGUAGACGAACCACCCGCUGUAGCAGUCAUAAGAGACAAGGAGAGAGUUGACACAGAGACGUUGACACAGAGAUGUUGACACAGUGACGGUUGAUGGUUAACCCAUAGCAUUUUCAGUCCUCUAAGAAAAGAAUUCCCCCACAGGGUAACUUAUGGGUUAGUCUUUAUUCUGGUCUACUGCCUGAUCUCCAACUAUACUCUGAACUUAUGCAGACCAUCUGAUAGAACCAGAUAUUUUCUAGAAGAUAAAACAAGACACUACAUGUAAAACUUUAUGCUUAAUACACAUGCAAGAAUGGUUUUGUGUACGCCUUGAACUUUAAGGUGGGCCACUCCUUGAUGACUUAUGUACUCAGAUUUCUUCACUGGCUGUGAAGACAGCACUUAUAGGGCAGCCUUGGUGUCUCUGGUGCCAUGGAUCAUCGAGAUCAGCUGAAGACCUCUCAAGGGUCUUGUCCUGAACUAACUUGAGUGAUAGCCCUCUCAGAGCCAGAUCCAGUGGUGCGGUGAGGUCUGAGGCUUAGGUUGUCAUGGCGCCAGCAUCCGUGAGGCCUUUCACUGUCAGAGGCAGCUGCAUGCUUAACGGAACCUUCAUUCCAGUGUCACCAGCAGAGAGGGAAGAGAAGUGGGCAAUAUGUGCUUCAGGUAGUUGCACCCAUGCCGGCUUAAGGACAAAUUUAAUUUAUCAGAAAGGUUUUGUUGUGCAGUUAUUGUUGUUAGAAAUUGCUGUUUAUGCGGCUAGUUUGCAUGAAUAUCAGGAACUCGGAACAAAAUUAUUCAGUUAACAGUCCUGCCAUACUCUCAUGUUUUGGCAUGGUUCGCAUCUUUUAGUGUUUUUUUGUUUUGCUUGAUUUAAUGAAACCUGACCACUUUGCAAAGCACCUGUAGCAAGCUUCAGCUAAACUGUGUGCCACAUUGGUUCCUACAUGCAGGUAUGCUGAGUACAGAAAUAAACUAAGUGUCCUUCGGAUCCACAGGGUGAAAGGUCUUAUUAUCAUUAGUAAAUAUUUUGUGAUACUUUCCUGUGUGUGUUGGAUUCCUGCUAGGGUUGAAGGUCUCCACCUCUUCUUUAUUUUUUUGUGUUUUUGUUUUUGUGAAUCAGCACCCUCGGAUUCAGUUAAUAUAUGAUUCCCACAUGUCAUUUUUAUGAGUGGAUCAGGUGUGCUCAAGACCGAGACUCAAACCCAGUAAUGUUGUGUGGAGGGCUCCCCUGCAUGUACUGUAGGAACAGACUAGGGUGAACAACCAACAUCAAAGUGGAGAAACGUUUGAUGGGUUCAUGAAGACCUUAGUUUGAAGUGGCACGCUAGUAUUUCCACAAAACUGGACCCAUCACACUUUACAGACAAUGAAUCUCUUGGAAGAAGAAGUGAAUUGGAUUCACCACAAAAGCUUUGCGUUGUUAAUCCAGAUAUACUUGAUGCUGAUGAGAUGCAUGAGUGCAUACAGAUGAUGUUCACAGUUGAGAUGUUGAGAGAUCUGAUUCAGUUUGACCUGCAUUGAUGACAGUCUGUCACAUUGGAUGUCAGAGCAGGAUCAUGACCUGUGGAGAUGGGGUACAGCCGCCUUUCACAGUUUGGGGUUUAGAUAGCUACCCCUGGUCCAGAGUUGUAUUUACUUUCUUUUGUACUAUACUGUUACAUAUAGUCCUUAUAUGUUGCUGACAUGUUUCAGGAUACAAUAUGUUGAUUGAUUAAAAAGUCAUUAAUUUCAGGCAAACCUGACAUUGAGUUGUUCAAAGAUGGUCAUCCACAUUAAUUCUUAACUCAGCCUAUAUUUCUAAGUGUACAUAUUUUCCACGGAUGUUGGUUUGUGUGUUAGGACUAAAUUCUCUCUCCAACUCUGACUGCCUGAAUUCCAGGUACACUGAGGGGAAGUGUAUGUGUUUGCAGUGAUGCUGUGUGUGAGUGUUACAAGUCAGCUGCAAACUGUGUGUUUGGUCGACCAUCUCCUGUAAAAAUAUAUGUGUCUGUAUAAAAAAACAAAUAAUAACCCUGUUACACAUUUCUGCCUUUAUUGUGUGAUUGUAAAACUAAAAGGAUGGAGAAUGAUUGAUUGAUUGGUUACUUUAUUGAUUGAUUGGUUGAUUAAUGAUAAAUAAUGGUUGCCGAUGAAGGACAGAGUCCCCGUCAGGUGACCUGGUGCCUGUUGAUUCGUCACCAUUGCAUGUGAACUGGAACCCUAUAGCAUUUCAUGAUUUGUUUUUCUUAUUUUGUUAUUCACUUGUUAUUUCUGACUGAAAUAUUAUGUUUCUUUGCAACAACAAACUAGGCUACCGUUAUUAUUGUUACAUGUUUAUUUUGAUAAGCCUGUAUCAGGACAAUUGUCAUGUAAAUUGGUUGUGCUUUCUGUUCUCUGUUCUGUUCUGUGUUCUGUUCUGAGUUCCUCAAUAUACCUAUGGGAUGACCUCUGCCUUCUGUUCUCUGUUCUGUUCUGUGUUCUGUUCUGAGUUCCUCAAUAUACCUAUGGGAUGACCUCUGCCUAUCUUCCUGUGUGACUUUCACCAAGCAGGUGCAGAUGGCAGGAGACAGCAGCGCGCAGAUGUGUACAGAUGUUGUUGUUGUUUUUCAGUGUUGUCUCUGUUGUUGGGCCACUUUUGACAGUAUUGGAGUCUUUUGUUUAGGACAUUCACACUGAGUUACAGUUUUGGUGUGAAAAUACUGUCUUUUGUUUUGGACAUUCACAUUGAGUUAUAGUUUUGGUUUCAUUUUGCACCAAAAAGGCCCAUGUGACCAAAAUCUCCUCAUCAUGUGAGCGUGAGGGAAUGUAUGAAAGUGAUUCCUAUGCUUUUAGUUGGUCUUUGACAAUGUCUGAGUUGGUUCAUUUUGAUGCCCUUGAGGGAAAUAAAUUACUAAUUUCAUAA